GGGCAUGGGGAAGAAAGCUACCCCCAUUUCUCUGCCGCCUGUAGAACACUAUGACCUGACGCCUAGUCCUGACGUACCUUUUGCAAUCAUGAAACGAAAGCUAAUGGCUACCAAUGACAUUUAUGAGGUUAAGAAGAUUGCUGCAGAGAUGAAAACAUACCUGGAGGUGAAAGAAUUUAUCCAGGAAUCCAUGCGAAAGAUAAUCACCUUAAUAACCGGAUCAAAAGAACAGACUGACCAAAUUCUGUCAGACAGAUUGACCAUCAGCAAUUAUGACUGCUACCAGUCAGCGGUGAACCACUUCAAAGCUCAUUGCUUCAACUGGCACUUACCCUUGUAUGAGUAUGCACUGAGUCAGCUGUAUGCCUUGGUCAACGUGUGUGAAGGAGGAUACCCCACUGACAGAAUAUGCCGGGCCAUGGAUCACGUGUGCCUCGGGUAUUGAUGGAAACAACACUCCUUUGUAUAACCCUUACUACAAGUGGUAACUUUUCAUACCUGUAAUAAUCCAGACUUCACAUGCAUGCAGCGUGAAGAGAGUCAGCCAGUGUACUGGAGCUGUGCUGGGAGC